GUAUUUUAGACACGUACGCAGGUGUGAGUCUAAAAUGGAGGCCGCAUGGUGACGUGAGAAUUUCACUUUGUCGUUACUCGGGUGUGGCCCAUCACUUCCGCGAGGCGAACAACUUCCAGCAUGCCAUUGCUUAGCAAAACUUUGUUCUACAGAGCUCGACAUUGAAACGUCAUUUUGCGGGUGAAAGCCACCGGGGAGCUGUAAAGCUAGACGUCCCUUGAUGCAAAGACCAAGAACCGGAUCUCUCCCCACACGGUGGCUUCCCCUUCCACGCCCCUAUUGGUGACCCUAUAAAUGGAAUCAUGUGCGGGACUUCUGGAACAGACAAAAUGGGGAUUUACAGAAAAAUGAAGCUGGUGCUGCUUGCGUGCCAUCUCGCCAUCUUGGGAAUUGGAGGUCAGACACCACCCGAGUGCGCUACGAGUGACACCAACAGAGCCCCAGAAAACUCUGACAUAAUGGUCUACUGCGGAACGGACCGCAUGGACCUGAGCAUCUACCUAUGCCCCAUGUACCAAGCCCUCUACAACGAGUCCCUCAUGGUGCUGAACAACGAGUUAAACAACGAAGAAUGUUUCGGCGUGGCCGACUUCACCGUCGUCCCGCCCGUCUUAAAUUUCAGCUUCCCUAUAAACGAAAGCUCCACGGCGUCAUGCGGGAACAUGUUCACCGUCACCGACGAGGUGGGCACGGGCGACUUCGCCGACUUCUCCAACGUGCAGUUUGUCAACAUUUCCGGCACGGUGAAUUCCAUCGACCCGUCGGCCGGCAUGAUCACUUAUAGGCCGCAGCUCCUCUACAUGUUCUCCUGCGUCUACCCGAUGCAAUACAUCCUCAACAACACCGAGCUGGGCGUAUCCGGUGUGAACGUGGCCAUUAAAGACAACAACGGCAGCUUCAUCAGUACGCUGAGCUUGGAGUUAUUCCAAGAUGCUCAGUACCAAGAACCUCUUACCAUCCCGGAGACGGGACUCCAACUGAAGACCAAAAUCUACGUCACCGUACGAGCCACCAAUUUAACAGAAAGGUUCAACGUGCUGCUGGAUCGAUGUUACGCUACCACGAGCCCUUACCCGAACUUCAACAACUUCUAUGACCUUUUUAUCGGUUGCACACGUGACGAGCAGACCGAGGUGCUGCUCAACGGCGACUCCCAGGAGGCGCACUUCUCCUUCGAGGCCUUUCGAUUCGUGGAGCACAAGAAUCUGACGGUGUCCACGUUCUAUCUUCAUUGUGUGACGAGAUUGUGCGAAGUGUCCUCCUGUGAUGCAUUGAAGCCUGAUUGUUCCGGUACCCGAAGAAAAAGAGACGUUGAGGAAGUGUUGGCUAAUGCUACAGUCACCUCACAGGCCAUUUUUGUGGCCAAAAAGAGCACAGAAGAUUUUCAAACUAACGCAGCUUAUUUGGGUUCGUCAGCGAGCCGCUACAGCGACCCAGUGGUGGCGAUCAUCUUCUGUAUUGUCAUCUUGACUGGUUUUAGAUUCUAGAUUCCUUUCUUUAAUAUAUUGUAUUUACCAUAUUUAGCUUUGUUUUUCCCAUAAGGACAACUCGUUCAAAAGCACCUUAUUUUUAAGUGUAACCUUUAUUUAACAUAGACAAACUGAACAACUGCUUUGUUAGUCUCUGGAAUUUAGUGUGAAAAUCAAGAAUAAAUAUUGUUGGAAUCUUA